UUUCUACCGUUAAAUUAAGUAAUGCUUUUGCCCACUUCAGUGGUGCAUUUCACCAUUAAUUCACAUACAAUCCCGUCCGAAUCGGAUGAAAUUCGGGUAUCAUCCAACUGUACGCUACACUCGAAUAACAUCCAUUUGUGACGGUAAUAAUGGGUGUGAAAACUGACUGACUGACUGAGAAUUAUAUAUGUACAACAGAUUUGAUCGUUUUCAUCUUUGAAUCAAUUGAGAAAUCAGAACCGUUGUGCAACAUUUUCAAUUGUAAAUGUCACUUGAAAUCUUCAAACUAUUCAUUAGCUCUAGAAAUAUGCACAAUAUAAUAAUCAUUUUCAGUAUAAAAAACUGUCGAAGCAAAAACAUUUUGCUUCUCUUUGGAGAUUUCCCUUUCUGUCUCCAAUUUGUAAAACAGCAGUUUUGACGCAGCAACCGUCACGCCAUCCAAAUGUGGUGUUCAAAGGAUGAAACAUUGGCGCCGAACGAUUCGUUUUGCAAAUGUCACUCAGCACAGCGGCUCAUUGGUGUAGGAACAUUCAACGAGAAAAGGCAAUUUUUACAGGCAUAUUAUUUUGCAAUUUUGAGGCGAGAUCCGCAUUGAGACAGGGAGACAGAGAGCAAACGAAGCCUGAUCUAUUCAAAUCGUUUGGAUUCAUACGAAGUGGACUUAUUGUGACCGAGAUCCAUCGCGAUGGCGAAGCGUAAGCGGCACAAUAAGACGUUUGGUAGGCCAAGGGAGAACAAAGUGCAGAUGAAAAAGCACUCCAUUGUGAAGAAAAAACGUGUCAAUCGGAAAGAAGAUUCAACAAAACAGUCGACAGAAAAUGGCACAAUCGAAAUCAGCGCGAUCAAAUUGGCAUUUAAUUCGAUAAUUAAUACGAACUUAACAGAAACAGAAAGAGGAUUUCUGAUCCAUAAGUUCUUCGAGAAAUGUUUGAAUGUUACGAAAGUCAUGCAUCUUGCAUCGAUGUUAAUGCUCUACAGAAUCAACGAAGCAUUUGAUGAUGACAAUUUGAAUUUCUUCGUGAAUCAAAAUGGAGCAAAUGUGAUAACAGACUGUUUCAACUGUGUCACAUCGGACAACAUCAAUGAUCCACUCACAGCCCAAAUGCCAGACGCAUUUCUCGCGAUGGUGACCCAAGGUAGCCCCAACUUUGAAUGGCCACGCCGCCAUCAAAUGACUCGCCAAGUUUAUGCUCUCAAGGACCAGUAUGUGGCCAAUGUGAAGACAAAUUUGGAGACGCACUGUUGGGUGAGAUUGACCCACUUUCUACGUGUAAAGUGCCAUGAAUUCAAUCACAAAGGAAGCCCACUUGACGUUAUUUAUAAUGCAUCAUACUUGCCUUUUGUUGACAUUGACAUUCGAAAUACGAAGGAAAAUUUGAUGUACAAUGAAGAUUGGACAUAUGAUGAUGAUGAAAGUCGAAAGUGGAAGAUGGAUAUACUGUUUAAGGAAGUGUCUCAGCUUUGUGGCCCAUCAUUCGUAAAAUGCUUCACAAUGUACGAAUACAUUCAAAAGGACUGGUUCGAGUCUUUGUGGAUGUGGAUAGGCAUGCAACGAAUUGUCGAGAAAUUUUUGAUCGAUACGACUCACCUUCGUCAACAGUGGAAAGCAUACGAUCGUGAUCCAGUGAACAAUCGAGAGCCGUCGGUACCGAAGAUACCAAAAGUGAAGAAUUUGGCCGCUAUUCCACUCAGUGAUACAAAACUGAAGCACAUACCAUUCGACCAUGAUGAUUUGAUUAAUAUCAUUGGCCAGUUGAGAAAUGAACGGGGAUGGGAUAUCCGUGCUGAUUAUCGUACAUACUACAAGCAAGGCGAGAACAAAGACGAGGCAUGGGGAAUUGUGUUCGAUAUGGACAAAAUCAGACAGCUCAGAACCGGUUCGAAGGAGUUUUACCACAAAAUUCAAACCAACAGUAGUGCCGUGUCAGUGUUGUUUAGCAGACCCAAACGCAAAGGAGCCGGCGUGACUAUGGAACAAAUCAAGGCAAAGUACGAAAAGCCAGUCAGCAAAGGCGGUUACAUGUAUGAAUCAAGAAUUGAUCCCGGCCAGAAAACAAAAAUGGCCUGCGUGCGUCGGACUCUCGCUACUGGAACUGAAACCAACAUCAAAUUAUCGAGUAUUCAAUAUCACUGGGGUGCGCGACAAGGAAUGCGCGACAAACAGGCCACGAAAAUGACCAGAAAGUACGUGCACAAAGAACAGCGCGACUUGAAAAGCUAUCCGAUCACAUCCGUAUCGCCGCGAGGAUCACAAUGGAAAUCAUUCAUUAAGCACAAAAUCAAAAUGCUGACAGAUUCAUUGGCUACAUACGCCAGAAGAAAAUACGCACAGCUAUCGUUGCACAAGUACAUCGAGUCUAAUCGCGAAAUGGAUUUGAUGGCUAAACACAUAACAAACAAUGAGACAGGAGUUGUGUUCCUUGGUGAUGCGGCGUUCCCAUCAAAUUCGAAAAUCGGUGUGAAAAGAACAAAACGAACACCGGAUCAGCGAAAGUUCAUAGUUAGCCUAAAAAAGGACAGCAAAACGGAUGUUGCGCUUACACCAGAGCCGUAUACAUCACAAACCUGUGCCAAUUGCUUGCGGCGAUUUCCAAGAAGCACAAAAAGUGACCGAUUCAAAGUAUGCAAAGAUUGUCGCCCACACAAGGAUGUGAGACUCCCACCGGUUAUCGUGACUGAUCGAAGCAGACGGCGCAAGCAACGUGAUCGAAAACAAAAUGCCAGCCAAAAGCCAACAGCAAAUGUAACUAGAGCCGAAAGAGCUGAGAAGCACCGGGAAAAGCGUCGAAGUGAGCGUGAAAGCCACAAUCCAGAGCAAUUGGAUACCGAACAGGCAGUGAGACGGUACAAUCGACGCAUACGACGGCGUGAACUACGUCAACGACGUCGAGUUGCAGGCCAUCGCAGCCGUAAAGUAACCAAACAACCGGAAGCGGAAUCCGAUUCGCCAGGUUUUGAUAAAAUUGGUGACACAAGUAUUUGCAAGAUUCGUGUCAAAAAUCGUAAGGCCAAACCACAAUUAUGGCUGCGAAUACAUUACAAUGCAAAUGAUAAAGGAAUUGGGGAUUUGGGGUCAAAGAAAAUACUCUUCCAGAAAAACUGGCGCUCAAGUCCAAUGAAUGAUCAGAACGCUUUUACUGUUACUUGGCAUCGUGACAUCUGUGCGGCGAAGUGCAUCUUGUACAGAGGCCGUUGUAUGGUUUUCGACUUGAAUGUGAACGAAUCAUUUGUGUUACCACCAGAAAGGAUAUGGCCAAUCAAAUGCUGUCGAUGAAAAGUAGAGCGUAGAUUAAGAGGAUAAAAUAAAACAUUAACGAUUAGUUAUUUUCAAAGCUUGAUUUUUGUGGCUUUGUACAUAUUAAAAUGUGUGUGCAAAUACACGAUGUAAUACGGGUUAAACCCGUAGGUAAGUUGUUGUAUGUAAGAUUUUCUCAGUCAGUUGGUCAAUUUCAAUAUCCACACCAAUAUUUACCAAAGUCAUAAAUGGACCUAGUUCAAGUGAAGCGUACAGUUGGAUGAUACUCUAGGUGGGUCCAUUUAUGACCUUGUUUCACACGUGAUUUGUUAUUUUGUUAUCAAUUGAUUCAUAAUCGUUUUUAUAUCCUUCUAAUUGAUUUGUUUUUACUGUUUUUUUCUACUUCCAUUGUGACGUUAAAAAUGACUGAAACUACACACAAAUGUGGGCCUUAAUUCGACCGUUUACAUACGCUUGGUAAUGGAUGUAUUUGCGUCAACAAUUGUUUCUUGGGUCUGCAGUGGGUCAAUUUCAUAAUCAUUUUUCGUUGAAAA